CAGAGGACUGAACUGACAUAUGCAAAAGCAUAUUUGGGCACAGUCAGUAUUCAUUAUUGGACAGCUCACAGAAGACUCAAACCUGUUCAGGAAAAAUGACAGUGGAGACGAGAGCAGAGGGGUUUUCUGAUCCUCCUUUAAAGAAAGAACUGUCUCCUCUUGAAGAUCCGGCAGAAGCAAAAACAAGAAAAUGCUGCACUCCCAAUAUAAAGAUGUUUUUGGUAGCUCUAUCAUUUACAUACUUUUCCAAGGCAUUAUCUGGAAGUUACAUGAAAAGCUCCAUUACCCAGAUAGAGAGGAGAUUUGAGAUUCCCAGUUCUGUUAUCGGGGUUAUUGACGGCAGCUUUGAAAUGGGUAAUUUGCUGGUGCUAACAUUGGUAAGCUAUUUUGGAGCAAAGUUUCACAGACCAAAAAUAAUCGGUGCUGGAUGCAUGCUGAUGUCUAUUGGAACAUUACUCAUGGCGCUACCUCAUUUCCUUAUGGGACGCUAUAAAUACGAAUCAACAAUAUCAGCUUCAACUAACUCCAGCACAGUGAGCUUCCCGUGUUCACAAGACCCAGGCCAGCUUACAGAGCUUGAGGCCCAGCAACAAUCUUCCAGAAUAGCGGCUUGUGAACAUGAUGGAGGCUCCCUGAUGUGGGUUGCUGUGCUGCUGGGAAACAUGUUACGAGGGGUUGGUGAAGCAACCAUUACACCGCUGGGAAUUUCAUUCAUUGAUGAUUUCGCCAGCCCAGAAAACUCAGCCUUUUACAUUGGGUGCCUCCAUACCAUUGCAGUGAUUGGACCUCUUUUUGGGUUCACGCUCGGGUCCUUUUGUGCCAAGCUGUAUGUAGACAUCGGAUUUGUUGAUCUUGAAAGUAUUACCAUAUCAAUGAAGGAUUCCCGUUGGGUCGGUGCUUGGUGGCUUGGCUUUAUAAUCGCUGGAGGAACUAGCUUGGUUUCUGCAUUUCCGUUCUUUUUUCUACCCAAAACUCUGCCCAAAGAAGGGGGUCCGGAAAAAGAUUCCACCGCUGCAGCAGAACAAAAUCUGUUACAAGGAAACCAGCAAACAAACGCAACAGACGAGCAGCCCAAAAUCAUAGACGUUGCAAAGGAUUUUUUGCCAUCCUUGAAGCGUCUACUCACAAACAAGAUCUACGUAUUAUAUCUCAUAGCAAACGUUAUAAUGUUCAAUGGGGUCAUCAUUUUGAUAACGUACACACCAAAAUACUUAGAGCAACAGUUUGGAGAAUCAGCAUCCAAGGCUAACUUUUUAAUAGGUGUUACCAGCAUGCCGGCUGUUUCCUUGGGGAUUUUCUUCAGUGGCCUUAUCAUGAAGAAGUUUAAGCUAGAUCUCAUGGGAGCAACCAAGAUGGGACUGGGCACAGCUAUCAUUGGCAGCCUCUGUAUCUUACCUUAUUUUGCAUUGACCUGUGAAAACACUGAGAUCGCUGGACUCACAGUUUCCUAUGGAGGAACAGGGAUUUCAGACUUGGAGAGCAGUGUGUCAGUGGCCUGUAACUCUGGCUGUGGUUGCCCAGUGAACCAGUGGGAGCCAGUGUGCGGAGAGAAUGGGAUGACGUAUGUUUCCCCUUGCUUCGCUGGCUGUAACAUAUCCAGAGGAAGUGGAAUAAGCACGGCGUUUCAUGCCUGCAGGUGUAUUGAAGCUUUUCCUAAGUCAGAAUCUGGGAAUUUCUCUGCAGUUCUGGGCCAGUGCCCCCGAGAGGAGAAGUGUUCCAGAAUGUUCAUAUAUUACUUGGCGUUCCAAUCCUUAAGCUUCUUCAUUCUUUCUCUGGGAAGCAUGCCGAUGUUCAUUAUAAAUCUCAGGUGUGUGGAUCCAGAGCUGAAAUCACUAUCGGUGGGAAUGUAUACGCUGGCAUUGAGAGCAUUUGGUGGGAUCCCAGCUCCAAUUUAUUUUGGAGCCCUGAUUGACUCAACAUGCAUGAAAUGGGGGACCAAGAAGUGUGGGGGUCGUGGAGCAUGCAGGGUGUACGACAACAUCUCAUUCAGGCUCCUCUUUCUUGGAUUAAUAUUGGGCCUGCGCUUGAUGGGUUGCGUCUUUUUUGGGUUUGUCAUCAUUCAGAUAAAAAAGAAAUUCACAAGAGACCACAGAAAAGCUUCCGCUGAAGUCAAAGUCUUUUUAAAGCAGGACAUGAAAAACAACGUCCUUCCUGAGCAGAAAGGUGCUGGUUUGAGUGAGAAGGAAGUGGAAACCAGCACCUAAACAACCUGAUCUGCAGCAGCGCUCUUCAAAUCAUACCAGUGGAGAUCUGAGCUGGAGUCUACACUGGAACAAACUCACAUCCUGGGUGCAAUGAAUACUGAUAACAAAGCUACUGUAUAUCAGAGACACUUUACAUUAGCUGUCUCUCAACUACACCUGAUUGCACUGGACCAUGGUACUCUAGAACAUCAAAAAUCUGAACUAUUUUGGACAGUGGGCAGUAUGAAUUUCAGAACACACAUAUUAAUUCCAUACAGUGAGUCUAGUUUAAAUGAAUACUGUAUGUGUAGUAUAAUAUAAAAACAGUAACAUGAAAAUAAAAAUGGGAAAGCUGAAGUUAAAUAUCUAACACAGACUCUGUAAGAGUUCAAUACAAGAUGCUAAACACGGCUCCAGUUUCACAGUAGUGCUCAUUACCUUACAACAUGCAGUUUGGAUUUCUGAGGUUCAGGUGUAGAUUGUUACACUGUAGUUACACAUGUGGUUGAGUGUAUUUACCAUGUAAUUACUAUGUAACUGCCUAUAAGCUCAACUGUAUCUCAUACAAAUCACACUUCAUGCACCAGAGGGCAGCAGAGUAACAUUUUCUUCCACACACUUGAAAGAAUUGACAAUAGAGUUUCAUUUCAUCUCGAUCUGCAUCAUCCAGGUACACUUCCAUUCAUUGAGCAUCUUUGAACACUGCCGCUGCAUGUAAAGUCAGUAUUUGAGGAAGCUGGGAAAUAGCGGCCAGCCUUCUCCACCUGUAAUUAAUCUGGGAGGUGAACUUCUUUUAAAUCAUGUUUUCUGUAUGUCUAAUCCAAUGGAAGCAGCACCAAUGCUGGAUGUGUACAUAUGAGGUGGUACUGUUUGCUGGGUCUGUUGAUUGAUGGCUGGUUUCAAUCUUUUUGAGAAAACAUAAGCCACAAGCCCAUCGAGCUUCUCUUUACUGAACCUCACAGCUGCCUGGUCCAGGUGCUUAUCCAAAAUAUACCAAUUUAACCUGCUUUUAACCCUGCCCCUGCCCCUGCUAAACUACAACUACACUAUGCAACACUUUACACUGUGUCUCCAAUAGUUACUGAGUAAGUACAUGCGUACGUACAGUGUUACUAUGCAUAGCUACAAUGUACUUAACAUGUAAAUAUUUUUGAGUGAUAUAUGGAAGUACACAAUUGUAGCAGAAAAUGGUUAAGGUUGGAUUUCGAGUUUGGGUUAGGUUUUAGGGAUAGGAUUAGGGUUAUAUCAUGCAAAAAGAUUACACAUUAAGUACAUUGUAAUUAUGCACAAUAACAUUAUAUGCACACAUGUAUUUACUAUGUAACUACUAUAUAAAUACACAGUAAGUACAGAUACAAUGUAAAGUGUUACCAACAAAACAUGCACUAUUUCCAUAAUGUAAUGUGCAGAGCUUUUUCCUGUCCCAAUAUCAUAUGAAUUGCUUUAUUUCCUUAUUGCUAUUUAGAUGUGUUGAAAGACAAAUCAAAUUUGGUUGUUACUGUCAGUUACACUUGCCGCUGUCAUGCAGUGUGAAAAAUGAAAGAUUAGUUGAAGUUUUAAUGCUGGGGACACAGCCCUUCAAAGGAGCGGUGUUUAAACUGACAGCAAUCAAUAACAAGCAGUCCACUUUUCCCUUCAGGCGAGAUGCAACACUGAGGUUUCCCCUGCUUGCGUCGGGCAUUGCACUCCCACACGUUAAUGUAGUCACCCUUGUUUAUAUAUAGCAAAUGAUUUUCCUCAAUAAAGAUGUCAGUGAAAAAAAAUGAACUGCUUAAUGUUUUGCGCCUGUAAAGUUACAAGCAAAAUACAUUUUUCAUGAAUGUUCGAAAUGUUUUUCCUCAUUUCAUUGUUGCUGGUGUUAUUAGUGGACCAGUAAGAUGUACCCAUCUCUGUCUGCUGUCACAGAAUCCUAAACCUGUGUUUCUCUGUGGAACCGUCAUGAAAUAUGCAGGUCCAUAGUCACAAUGCUCCUCCGAGCUA